AUGUCUCGGACCAAAGAAAACAAUCCUCUCUCAACCGCCCAGCGCAACGCGGCCAUCGCUCCCUUACACAGUACUCUUCCCAGCGAUGAGUUCUUCACGGACAGCUUGAUCGACAACUCCCUCAUCUCGAAUGCCUCGCAUAUUCCGUCUCCAGUCAAGGCGGGGCCUGUCAAGCCUCGACGCGCCCUUGGCACAAGCAAAGCGUUGCAGACAGGCAGAGAUUCCGGCAACAGAUCGACCCGCACUUCACUGUUCGACUAUACUGCGGCGCGAACUAGUAAACAAUUGAAGCCGUCGCCGAAGCUGUCUAGGAGGAAAAGCCCAAGUCCUGCGCGCACGAAUGGGCUCACGACACCGCCGCAAUCCCGACACGGCCCGCCGCUCAACAGCCCUACCGAGUUCUCCAGUCCUCCAGGCGGUCUUCACGAGUCGUACCAAAGAAUAGCGGAUGAGGAGGAUCUAGCUGCGACGGAGAGGGAGGUGGACAGCGAAGAGGACGAGUUCAAUGGCGACGACCAGCAGGAUACAUAUGAAACAAACAUGGAAAUGAGCCCUACAAGAGAAGGAAUAGUUACGGAACAAUCAGCAUCGGCACAAGUCUCGCAACAGCUGACGCCGGUUCAAUCUCCAUCGCCAACUCGCGCAGAAACGGAGAGGCCUGUGGAUGAGCGAGUUGAGAGUCUCUCAGAACCUCCCACCUUGGAUUUCGUCAAGAACGAGCUGAGCGACCGGAUCCUCGCUGCCAAAUUGACGCCUCAUGUCGUUGAUCGCGCAAAAGAUCGUGCAAGGCUUGAGAAGCUGAGACAGAGCCGAAUACCAAUCAACUUUGGAGAGAAGUCUCAGGAAGAGCUGAUGAACGGGGAGCACAGACGGAACGGUCUCGCAAGCGUUGCAAGUCGUGGUCCCAUCUCAUUCGACAAUGUUUUGGCCGUGGGCGCAAACGGACUACACAGGACCUACUCAGAUACAAGUGCCGACUUCGACCCUCGAAAAAGCGUCAAAGCCUUCAGCCGAGCAACGCGCCCUGGUGUCAACAAAACUGCACCUGGAGACGACGAUGGUAGCGAUACACCUCCAGAAUUGCGCGAAAAGGAGAGGUUGGUCGCUUUCAGCAAAUCUAGUCGGCGGAAGAGGGAAGACAACGAGGAAAGGGAAACACAGAGACCAGCAUCCGUGCCAAAAGUCUUGGCGUUUUCCCGUGCGCAUGGUCGACCUCGUCCUCACGGCACGCCUUCCGAGACGGUCGAAGGCCAGGGACAACCCGAUGACCCUACAGUUGCGUCUGUUGCUUCAACAGCAUCCGAGCCUCUUCCUGGGACGACUCCGCGGCCCAACGAGGAGCGAGCAACACGCUCAUUUCUUGCCAGGUGGCGCAAGGAGACCGCGGAGAGACGUGCUUCAAAGACUCGAGAAGAUGCUGACCCUAGCGGGUCCCAAAUUGACUGGGCCGCUGCAGCUGCAGACGUUCCCUUGCCAUCCAUCGAAAAGUCUUCAACCCCCCAAGAAACUCCACCAAGAACUGUGCCAUCUUCGAUUCAAAAGCAGAGGUCCAUGGAACGGAUGCGGAAAUGGGAGAAUGACUUCACGGGUCUUUCAUUCCAGGUGUCAGAAAGUCCACCUGUUCGUACGCGAACGAACGUCAAUGACACCCUAAGAGAGAAAGAGAUAGAAGACCUCGCCAAAAAAGCUGUCACUACAAACAGGCUGGACGAGAUCCGUGAAAAGGAUCUGAAUGUCAUUGUUCGUAAGACCUCUCGGAAUUUCAGCCCGCAGGAGCGCAAAUCAGUACCGCCGGAGCCUCAAGAGGCGUGGCCAAAAGCCGACAACAUCGACCUGAAGAAUUUGGGGGAAGCUGUACCAGACACGCCAGUUGUUGUGUACAGGUCAUCAAGCAGUAGUACGGACAAAUCCAAAGCGUCUCAGCGGUCAAUGCCAGAUUCCUUGGAUCAACUGCAGAGAUUAGCUCGGGCCGUCAGCACUACCCCAAGACAAAGUCCGGCUGCGCUUGAGUUGUCAGUUGCUCUUGAUGAUGCGUCUGCAGUCCCCUUGCCCCCUUCAGAAGAUGAUCUGAAAUCUCAAUCUUCACUUGCAGAUCACGAGGACGUUGACAAUAAGAAGAAAGUGGCCGAGACUCCGAGAGUCACGGGGGCAUGGACCGAUACCAUUCUACCGGACACUAUCAAAACGAGAAAUCAAACACAAAGAAUUUCCAAGUUUGCGCAAACGCCUCAUGUCAAUGCAGGAGGCUGGAUAGACACACCGCUACCUAACGGAGAUCGGGUCCUUGAUAUCCAGAUACCGAGGAUCGUCGAAGAGGAGACGGAGGAGUUAACGAAUGGAGAGUCUCCAACAGACAAUGCGACAGCGGAUCACAUGGAACACAACACUACUCCGCCAGCAGCUUCAUUGAAGGAGGGACCAGGCCACAAGUCGGGACCACAGAAAGAAGAGGUCAUUCUUCCUAAAAGCGCCCUGACAAAUGUUCUGAACGAAGCCAAACAGAAGCGGCUAGUGUCACGCGAUAUCACAGACGCUCCCCGAGACGAGAAUGACACGCUUAACCUCGGCGACGCUACCAUCCAAAGCUUUGAAGAUCUCCUCACCGACGCCGCAGACAUCACUGCGGACCUGACUAGCCUUAUCAAAGCUGGGGCUGAGGAGGAAGUCCUAGCCUUGAGAGAAAGGAACAAGUUGACUGCUUCUAUUGCUUUAGAUGAUGAUAAUUCAACUGCAUCUGAGGUUGCAUUCAUCGGCCAUCUUACAAGUCGGAUGGAAAGACUGAUGUCCAAUUUGCAUGAAGCUAGAAAAGGUAUCGCCAGGCUGGAGCAAAAGGUCUCUCACACCCCGUCAAUCCCUUUGGUAGGACCGGAUCAACAAACACAGGCGCUGGUGGCUGUGGAGGAUCCGAAUAAAGCCUGCGCGAGGUGUGGUCGCAGCAGUGAUGACAUCGAUGGCGUGCAACAGCCUGUCACCAUUUCGUCCUUCAUGGCAUUACCAAUUGCAUACACAACAUUCACUCUCCCCAUUCCUCUCCUCUUCCAUCCACGCACAGCAUCUCAGGACAGCAAAGGCCGCAUUCGAUUGAUCAACCUUCUCCCUGGCAAUCCAACAUGGCUAGGAUAUCUCACCUUGUCCAUCUGGAUAUGGUACAUCCUCGAGUGCGUCCUAGCAGAGAUCUACGCAAGACCACUCUAUGCGGAACGGUACAUCUGGCCAACUAGGCCAGAGCCAGAGUUCCCCUUCGUACUUCCCACCAUGCUCUACAGAUGGUCCCUCGGUGGGAGUUUGGGGAGUGUGCUCAUUGCGCCUGUGGUGACGGUCUCGGGCGUGACGUGGAGACUGAUUGUGGCUGUGUGGAAGGUCAUGGGAAUGUGGUUGGGGUGGACGGAUGGGUUCGUUGAUGAUGACAGGACAAGGAGUUUUGUGGCAACUGCUACGAAAUCCGCUGCUCAAGCAUUCAAGAGUCUUGUUUCGGGACCCGAUGGCGCCGAUUCUAUCGAAGUGGAGGGUCUGAGUAUGAUGAAUGACGAAAUUUUAUGA